AUGGAGGCGGCCCAAAAGGUAAUCGCUAUUAGGGCCGCCAGAUGCUAUAGGAUCGUCUCCCACGUGGGGGCGACUAUCAUCGCUGGGAUUCCCCCGGUUCACUUGAUCGCCGCAUCGUACGCGGAAAUGUACGGACGCACAAAGGCGAUCAAGGACAGGCUGGGGGAAGUCCCGGCGAGAGCGAAGGGAGAGCUGAGGCUCCAGAUCUCGCGGUCUCUCACCCAAAAAUGGAAGGAUUACCUUCUUGAUCCGCGAUUACAGGGUGAGAGAAUGCGGGAAGCCGUUCAACCGGUACUGGAGGAGUGGUUGGAGCGUAGGAAACGCGGUACUACGUUUCACACAUUGCAGGUGAUAUCCGGUCAUGGAUGUUUCGGAGAUUACCUGCUGUGGAUCAGGAAGGAGCGCACCACACGCUGCCAUCAUUGCCCGGAGGAGGAAGACACGGCGCAGCACACGCUGGAAUGUUGUCCAAC